AGUUCCUGCUGAGGCACGAUUUCAUUCUCACCAAAACGUGACGAGUUCAUUCUCCCGGCGUUGGCAUCUUACCGGAAAGCAGAAGUGCACUAAAGCUAAGGUGGGGACUCCGGCUCCGGAGCGUCAGGCGGGCGCGGGGCUGGCGGAAGGAGCCGAGUGCGCUCGGAAGCACUCGCUUCGCCUUCGGCAACCAUCGUCAGGGGGCGGGGCUCGCGUAGCGGCGCGUUCCGCGCGGGGCAGUGUGGGAAGGGCGGCCGGUGCAGCCGCGGCUGCCAUCUUUGCAACUCCUGGCGUUGCGGCCUUGUCGUUGGAGGCGGCCUUCGUGGCGGCCGUCGACCUAAGAGAGCGGUAUAAAGUCAGCUGGCUGACAGCUUUCCUUCCCCCGGCCUCGACAGCCCGGCCAGCCGGGGUCCGGAGGCGGAAGCGAGGGCAGUGGGACGCGUGCGGGGCCCGAGGCCAGCGGCUAGUCACAGCGUCGCCCGGAAGGAUGGGCCGGUCUCGGAGCCGGAGCUCGUCCCGCUCCAAACACACCAAGAGCAGCAAACACAAUAAGAAGCGGAGCCGGUCGCGGUCGCGGUCCCGGGACAAGGAGCGCGUGCGGAAGCGCUCCAAAUCCCGGGAGAGUAAACGGAACCGGCGGCGGGAGUCGCGGUCCCGCUCGCGCUCCACCAACACCGCCGUGUCCCGGCGCGAGCGGGACCGGGAGCGCGCCUCGUCCCCGCCCGACCGCAUCGACAUCUUCGGGCGCACGGUGAGCAAGCGCAGCAGCCUGGACGAGAAGCAGAAGCGAGAGGAGGAGGAGAAGAAAGCGGAGUUCGAGCGGCAACGAAAAAUGUGA